GCGUCGGACAGAUCGAGGCGGUUAAGUUCACCUUCUAGGUCCAUGCGGAGAGGAAGGGGGUUGUUGAUGGUUUUUACAGGUUUGGAUUGUGUGAGGUUUUUUUAGCGCACGGCAAAUAUUAAGGGAAGCGAGAUUGUUGAGAAAGUGGAAAAUACUAGGGAUAAAAUAAUCAUUAAAACGGUGCGUUUUAUGGAAUAGGAAACAAACGCGCGCCUUAGAGAUAGAGCUUGAAACGACGUCGUUGUAAGUGUUUUCUUAUUCGCCACGGCCAAUGCCAUUUGUGAUUUGCCCCAUAUAGAACCCCAGGUUUCUUUAGUAAGGAACCAAGAAACAGAGGAAAAAACAUCAGAAUGACGACUUCCAAUUUGGACAUUUCUCAGUUCGAUCACACUCCUUUUUACUGGAAACUAAAAGAAAAUUUAUAAUCGAUGAACAGUUUUCCUUUUUCCCUAUGAUUUCCCAGCUCACGGUCCCCUAUACAUAAUUCAAUCAGAUAAGAAUUUUCCUUCCACCAGAGUUAUAAACUGGAAACCCGGUGAGGAGAAUGUAUACAUGCUUUGCAAAAAACUUGGCAUGAUUGGGAUGGCGGAUGCAGAGGGGUCUGAUCUUUUUGCUGUUUUUAUUUCCAAUGAGAAGAAACAGGUUCCAUUGUGGCAUCAGAAGGCUAGCAAGAGAGCAGAUGGAAUCAUUCUCUGGGAUUAUCAUGUGAUAUGCAUUCAGAAAAAGAAAGAAGGCAGCUCUCCUCCUCAAGUAUGGGAUUUAGAUUCAAGUCUUCCUUUUCCUUCUCAUCUAGAUCAUUAUAUGUCCGAUUCCUUUCGGCCGUCAUUUCAGCUUUUUUUCGAUUAUCAGAGGUUUUUCCGGAUUGUGCAUGCUCCAUUAUUCCUCCACUCCUUUGCAUCUGAUAGAAGACACAUGAAAAACUCGGAUGGAAACUGGAUUCCUCCCCCUCCUGCACAAGAUCCCAUAGUUGCUGAUGACGGAAGCUUGUACAACCUGGAUGAGUACAUUAGGAUGAAUGCCGCUGAUGCAGUCACAGAGGUUAAAGAUGAUACUAUCAGUGCUGUUUUUACCCAGAAGUAUGGGGUACUGGUAAGAGAAAGUCAGUUGGAGGAAUUCUUUUCCCUGCUUUCUGGAUGAUUGGUGGUUGUUUUAUGAUGUUAUUUAAUAUAAAAAAUUGUUGCAUUUGGCUCUGGAAUUGCAUGAACAAUUUCAUUUUAUACAUGAAUGUUUCUUCCUUGA